UACCCACUACUCUUGACCAUUUUCCUCAUCCUCCAAUUUUUUCUUCUUCCUCAGGGUGUACAGCGCUUAAACCCAAAACCCUAAUUUGAGCUACACAUCACCUUGAUUGAUUGUUAUCCGGAGAUGCUCUCAGCAACAAUAUUGAUCUUUCAGCCAUAAAAAUCAAUAGGUGGUGAUAUUAUUGGUGAUAUUCUCUAAGAAGAAUAGCAGGAGUUUGUAGGAGUUAUUUGUAAAAGUUCCAAGGAAUUAAAAAGCAGGCAAUGAACCUCUCUUCUCUCAGACUUGACUCUAACCCUCUUACGGUUCCCAAAGGGAGAUCUUAUGGCAGAAAGCUCAGUGGUGCAAGGCCUCUUCUUCAUCUUCCCUAUGAAUCUAGAAUCUCACUGAGAGCUUCAAGUGUCGUCUCUUCUCCCAAGGCUGUGACUGCAGAUGAGUUGGGUCGGCUAGAUUCUUUGAGCCAGGUUUCCGGGGUGUUGGGUUGUCAAUGGGGUGAUGAAGGGAAGGGGAAAUUGGUUGAUAUUUUGGCGAAGCAUUUUGAUAUCGUUGCUCGCUGCCAGGGUGGUGCAAAUGCGGGCCACACCAUAUACAAUGCCGAAGGGAAGAAGUUUGCUCUUCACCUUGUUCCAUCAGGAAUCCUUAAUGAAGAAACCCUUUGUCUCAUUGGCAACGGAGUUGUGGUGCAUCUACCUGGGCUUUUUAAAGAAAUUGAUGGCCUCGAGGCCAAUGGAGUCUCUUGUAAAGGAAGGAUAUUGGUGUCUGAUCGUGCUCAUUUGUUGUUCGACUUCCAUCAAACUGUAGAUGGGCUUAGGGAAUCUGAACUUGCUAAGUCCUUUAUUGGGACAACAAAGAGAGGGAUUGGACCUUGUUACUCAAGCAAGAUGAUUCGUAAUGGCAUAAGAGUAUGCGACCUUAGGCACAUGGAUACUUUCCGUGACAAGCUUGAUGUGUUGUUGUCCGAUGCAGCUUCCCGUUUCAAAGGGUUUAACUAUAGCAAUGACAUGCUCAAUGAGGAAGUUGAACAGUACAAGAGAUUUGCCGAUAGAUUGGGGCCCUUCAUUGCUGAUACUGUUCAUUUUGUGAAUGAUUCUAUAGCACAGAAAAAGAAAAUAUUGGUUGAAGGUGGUCAGGCAACCAUGUUGGAUAUUGAUUUUGGUACAUACCCAUUUGUCACUUCUUCUAGCCCAUCAGCUGGUGGUAUUUGCACCGGACUUGGUAUUGCUCCAAGAGUCCUGGGUGAUCUAAUCGGAGUUGUAAAGGCUUACACUACAAGGGUUGGAUCUGGUCCUUUUCCAACAGAGUUAUUGUGUGAAGCUGGAGAAGACCUUAGAAAAGCUGGGCAUGAAUUUGGUACCACUACUGGUAGACCUCGAAGAUGUGGUUGGCUCGAUAUCGUAGCACUAAAAUUUUGCUGUCAGAUUAAUGGUUUUUCUUCUCUCAAUCUCACUAAGCUUGAUGUCUUGUCAAGUCUUCAAGAAAUUAAGUUGGGAAUCUCCUACAAAACAGUCGACGGGACACCAGUUACUUCUUUCCCUGCAGAUCUCUCUGUGCUCGAGCAACUACAGGUUGAAUACGAGGUGUUACCUGGGUGGCAGACUGAUAUUUCUGGAAUUCGAAACUAUGAGGAACUUCCUUUGGCAGCACAACGAUAUGUGGAAAGAAUAGAGGAAUUAGUGGGUGUUCCUAGUCACUACAUUGGUGUAGGACCUCAUCGUGAUGCUCUAAUAUACAAGUAAGAUAAAAAAAUGUCGUCGUAAUUGAAUGACUUGAUAUGACAUCUUCCCCCAUUUCCCAACAAGAAGUGGUCUGCCCAUAUUUGUUUCAAGUGAAGUCUAUGAUUGUCGUGCGAUCAUUUUAGUUCAACCAUUGUCAUUGAUAUAGUGGCCGUCCAGGUUCUGUUGAUUGAAGCUCACAGUUUCAUAUGUUUGAGAACACAACUUGACUCCCAAGUGCUGUGAAGAGAUUUUUUGUGUCUUAAUCUUAUAUUGUCUUCUUUUGCUAGCUCUC